AAAGGGGAACUCGCUUUUUCCCUCUCCGCCAUGAAUUUCGGCUUCACUCAGGAGCAAGUGGCUUGCGUCUGUGAGGUCCUGCAGCAAGGGGGCAAUGUUGAGCGCUUGGGCCGUUUCCUGUGGUCACUGCCAGCCUGUGACCACCUGCACAAGAACGAGAGUGUCCUGAAAGCCAAAGCUGUGGUGGCCUUCCACCGGGGCAACUUCCGGGAGCUUUACAAGAUCUUAGAGGGCUACCAGUUCUCACCAAAAAACCACCCCAAGCUGCAGCAGUUGUGGCUCAAGGCCCACUACAUUGAAGCAGAGAAGUUGCGUGGGCGGCCACUGGGGGCUGUGGGGAAAUACCGGGUGCGGCGCAAAUUCCCCCUGCCUCGAACCAUCUGGGAUGGAGAGGAGACCAGUUACUGUUUCAAGGAGAAAUCCCGGAGCGUGUUACGAGAAUGGUACAGCCACAAUCCCUAUCCAUCCCCUCGUGAGAAGAGGGAGCUCGCAGAAGCCACCAGCUUGACCACUACCCAGGUCAGCAACUGGUUCAAGAACCGGCGCCAGAGAGACCGUGCAGCUGAGACCAAGGAAAGGGAGAACAGCAAGGGUGGCACUCUGAAGGAAGGAAGGGGUCUGCCACGAGAGAGACAUGUUAUCCCCAGCUCCGACGAUGAGAGUUCUCCCAUUGACAGUCCUGCUGCUCAUGCAUCCAGCCCCCCGCUGCUCUACCCUGGCUUGCCUCUCUCAGUGCCCACAGGAAAUACCACUCCCAUUGCCCAAAGAAUGGAUUUUCUGCAGCACCAGCCCCUCCACCACAGCCUCCUGGGGCCCCUCACUUCCACUCUGGUAGAUCUGGGGUCCUGAAAGAAAAGAGUGGUUCACACACCCCUUUCCCAGUGGGCUGCUCUUUGGUUCUAGUCCUUCCAUACUUCUGGUGCUUUUACCUUCCAGCCAAAUGCUAGCACAAACACCAUGUGUUACAUAUUUAUUUUCCUGACUUAAGGAGAGGAGGAGCACAGUGAUGAGAGAGUGAGGCCCACAGGCACCCCAUAAUCCAAACUUCAGAUUUGUAAAC